GAACCCUGUCAGCGUAGCACACGCGAUGUCAGUGUGAACUUAAGACGACUGUACAUAGGCUACCCUUCAAGUUGCCACAGCUGCACCCCUCGAACUAUGACUGGAGUAUUCGACAGAAGGAUUCCAAGUAUUAAACCGUCAGAUUUCCAGAGCCCUUUUCAAAUUUCCACGAUGCAUCACCCGUCUCAGGAAUCGCCGACGUUACCCGAGUCUUCGGCCACGGAUUCUGGCUACUACAGCCCUGCUGGCGGAGCCCAUCACGGCUAUUGUUCGCCCAGCUCAGCUUCGUAUGGCAAAGCGCUUAAUGCCUACCAGUACCAGUACCACGGCGUAAACGGAUCUGCUGGAAAUUACCCUGCGAAAUCAUAUCCAGAUUACACUACAUACACAAGCGCUGCUUACCACCAAUAUGCCGGAAGUUAUAGCAGAGUGCAACCCCAGUCGAGUCCACAAGAAAAAGAAGUAACCGAGCCGGAGGUCCGAAUGGUUAACGGCAAGCCCAAGAAGGUCCGGAAACCUCGCACAAUCUAUUCAAGUUUUCAGCUGGCUGCUCUGCAAAGAAGGUUUCAGAAUACACAAUACCUCGCCUUACCGGAGAGAGCCGAGCUCGCGGCCUCGCUUGGGCUCACGCAAACGCAGGUCAAAAUCUGGUUCCAGAACAAAAGAUCUAAACUGAAAAAGAUCAUAAAAAACGGCGAGCUACCGCCGGAGCACAGCCCGAGCUCCAGCGACCCCAUGGCGUGUAACUCCCCCCAAUCCCCCGUUGUCUGGGACUCGCAAGGACCCGCCAGGCCUCACGGCCACCAGCAGAGCAUGAACACCGCGGGCUCAACCUUCUUGGAAAAUUCAAGUUCUUGGUAUUCCGCAGCUGGUACGGUUAAUACCCACCUUCAGGCCCCCAACUCGAUACAACACUCGUUGGCUCUUGGACCGGGGACGUUGUACUGAAACGCUAUUUAAAUAUUUAAUUGUACCGGACUUGUUUAAAUUUCUGAGGAAUAUGCAAUGUAUUAAUACGACAGUUAUAGAACAAAGUGUAUAAUGUGUAAAUGUGUGCAUGUAAUUUAUUGCAUUUGGAACAGACAUUAAACAUGUUUUAAACGGACAGUGGAAUUCCAGACACUUGCAAUGGUGCCUUCAAUUUUGACCUCAAGACUUUCGGCCCCCUUUAACAUUACACUGAAUAUGUUGAUAGGGAAAUUCAAUUGUAUAUAGCAACAAAGAAUACGUGAUUAAACAACAUCAUCUGAGAAUGAAUUCGAAUCUUCAUAUCCAUCUGCAUUUAAUCAAAAAAAUUAAAAAACAAGCAUGAUUAGCUACAUCAUUGUGUGCGUUGCUUUUAUGGACCACGGGACGUGGUCUUGGGAGUAUCAGUUGCCUAAAUAUAAUUUAAUUAGCCUACUUUGUGUAAUUUUUAAAUUGA